UCUCCAUCAUGGCAUCAUUGCGGAAUAGCGUCGUCCCAUCUUCUUCCACUUGCUACUACGAUCCAGACCAAGCCCUUUACAUACACACAUAUGUACACUAGGCCGGCGGAUCCGCCGCAGGCCAGCCGGACAGAGGUGAGUUGCAGCAAAGCAAAAGAGACACCGAAGUCAGGAACACCUCAGGGGACAACUGGCAGUAGUAGCAGAGAUGCAGCCCGAGUGCGGAUGAAUGACAACUGUCACACACACACACACAGACACACACACACUCACUCACCCACUCACUCACGCCGCGUGCCUGCGGUUCAGUCUGAUAGGGAUCCUGCCGACGAUGCCGUACCCAGGACUUUUGUCGAAUUGAAAUAUCGAAGAAUCCUCCCUGUAUCCGUCAGUGACCACUGACAGUUACAACAUUGCGGUAGCUUUACCCUAAUUUGGGAUUUUGCCAGUGGCUGACAGAAGCACCACGCUUUCCCUGCGUUCCACAAGGCCCCACCUUUUAGGUUUGAUCCAGGUGUGCAGAGCAGUCCAGUUGCCCCCGGUCCGGUCUGGUCUUCACCUCCUCUCCGCAGCCAAGUGCCCUCCUCACCUCAGACUUAACUUUUGCCCUGCCCAGCUCACCUUGCCUUUUGCUUUUCCCCAAUUCACAUUGCUAGCUAGCUACACAACAAGAAACAAGGUCACGACACACUCUUCCGGACGACCGUCACCCGGAAGUUGACCGCCGAGGGUCAGACAUCUGCAACAGAGACGCAGAGAGUGACGAUUGACAUCCAGGUCAAGGCUGGGCGAUUUUGCCAUUGCAAGGGUCCGAACAUCGACAAUUGGCCAGUGCUCAUUUUUCGCUUACCGCCUUUCGAACUGCUCUCUCUCCCUUUGCUUCUCGCCGUCACGGCUGUGCAGCACUGGAAGUGCCCCAACCCCAUCCAAUCCAAUCCCGUCUCCCCGACCGACCGACCGACCAACCUACCUACCGACCACUGGGGGACCUCACCUCCACUCUCUCCGUCGCCAUCAUCCACAUCGCCAGGUGACAUUUGUGAGUGAGAGCCGCGUUUACGAAGAGACGACACCGCUGCCCGACCAUCGCGAAGCCCUGAGAACCCCGCCUGGGCGCAAUUUGGCCUCGUUCCCACUUUGACUCUUGCCGUCCCAACAAAAAACAACAUCAACUGCGAAUUGUUUCGAGUCCGAGUCUGAUCUCGUCCCUGACACACGACACUACCGACAACGCCUCGCAAACGCGACACGCACCCCCUGCUCGACAGCGGCCCGUUUUACUUCCAGCUGGUUGCACACCAGCCUCGAUGGCCACGGCAGGACCGGCCGCCUUGAAUUGCGAACUGUCCAACAUGGACCAACCAAUGUCAGCCUGGGAACCCUCGUUUGAUGAGCUCAACAACAACAACAACAACAGCAGCAGCAGCAGCAACUAUCCCAGCCACUUCAUGUCGCUGAUGCAGGAUUUCACCAAUGAGCCGUAUCCAGAAGAAUAUUUCGAUUCCGAUGAGAGCCCUCUUCCCUCGGGGCCUGAUGUCAUGGACGACGUGGGGGAUGUCUUCAUCCCCUUGUCCCCUUCUGACGCUCUUCCCAUGAGCCAUGUCAACUUGUACACCAGCUCGCGGAACUCGUUGGCCGACUCGGGCUCCUCCAACGGGCCAGCAAGCACAACGGUUACUAGCACAUCAUUGAGAAACCACAAGGAUGAUUCAGUGCUGGAUGGGUCCGAGAUCAAGCCAGAAUGGAAGACGGAGCAAACUGUCGAUGGGCGUAAUGGUCUUGACGGGCCAAGUUUCGGAGGAGCGAUGGAGCCUCAUUCAGACUUCAGCUCCCCAAACAGCGCCGGCUACGAGACAGCCCAGCAACUAUCGCCGCAGACGAGCCAGGCCGAUUCUCUGAUGUUUGGCAAUAACAAUAUGUACAUGCCCUUUGAUUUCAAGCAGACAACAAGUGACAUGUCACUCGAGACUUCGCGCGAAACAUCUCCUUUCUCCCCACGAAUGCCCAACCCCCAAUCGCCGCAGUACUACCAUGGUCUACCAACAAACACCUACCCACCAUGGCACACAAUCGGCAUGGGUGUAAAUCCGCAGAUGGUGCCUGUUCCAUCACAGUUUUCUGGAAACGUAGGGCCACCACUCAACUUUAAUAGGGGGCUUUUUACCCAACCGCAACCUUUCAAGCUUACCGUAGACCCAACGCCUACCAAGUCCCGAGUCGAGACGCAGAUUCCGAUAAAAUUGAACCUGACGCCACUCCCUCCUGGUAUCAAAAGGAUUCAUCUUCCAACACACACCAUCAGCAAGCCAAAGCUUCUCGCCAAGCCUACCCCAGAGCCGUCUCCAGACAUGUUGGAGCUGCACGUUCGGCUUGUUUGUACAAGCGCCAUGCAGAACAAGGACCUCAUGAAGACAGCCAUGGAACAAGCACGCAAGGCAUCCAAGGUACCUAGAGUGAAGCCGACUCUACCGUCCUUGCAGUCCGGAGACGGAAGUGAUGAAGGACCAAAACCUCAGGAUGGCGGGGAAGUCACCAUUUGUCAAAAUUGUGUGUCGCGAGAACGGAAGCGGGCCAGUCGCAAAAAGAUCAAAAAGGUGGAAGAUGAAGAGAUUUGGAGGCAGGACGAGCUGUACCGAGUGAUCGUUUUCAACACUGGCGAAGUCAGGGAGUGGGAAGCCCCCAAGGGGGAGACGGACGAAUCAGGCCAGUUGCAAGUGCACAUGGUGCAACCAGGAGCGCCGUGGACUGUCGAGGCACCGAUGAGAAUCGCGUGUUACUGCCGGCAUCAUACCGAAAAGCUGGGCUUUCAGGUCAUCUUCACACUGACGGAUUUCAGGGGAGAGUUUGUCGCCCAGGCCUUGUCACCCUCGAUCAUGAUUACCGAUGAUCACAAGACUCCCCAUGCCGCCGAAAAUGCAUUGAAUAGACAGGCUGCCGUCGAAAGCACAGUUUUCUACCCCUCGCCUCCCCUGACCAACGCAGCAGACAGGCGCAGCUCAUCGAUGUCUACGCAGUUGCCUGACCAGCCGAUCCAAGCUUCUCGCCUCUUGGUACGCCCGGCUCCGGCUGGACCCCUCCCUGGACAGCAACCGUCGAAGAAGAGGAAGCAGGCCGCAGCACGGCUCGAAACGGCCCUGUCUCCGGUAGCACAACUGCCAUCGACGGUUGGCGCCUCGGCUUCGUCAACACCAUCCCCCCAGUAUCGACAUAUGCCACCUGCACAUUUGGGGCUCCCCCCUGACGGAAUGUUUGUGUCACCUACAGGGACAAUGGCCCCAGGCCAGCUGCAAAUGUCACCGGGGCAUGCCAGUGGUCCACCGACGCCCAACCACAACCAACCGUCGUUAUUCAACCCGAACGGGACCGCGAAUCUGGACAAUGGAGGUGUCGGUUUAUAUUCUGGAACGUCCUCGCUCCACCAAAGCAGAGCCCCCAGCCCCACCACCUCCAUGGCAACCCUUACUAUGCCCGCAGCACGUGGGGGCGUGGCUCUUUCUCAAGUUGCACCCAGAAAUGUGUACGCUUCUGGUCCAGCCAACGCCGCCUCGAACGCCGCUUCACAAACUCCAGUCAUACAUAAGGUGGUACCGCAGGAGGGCUUGGUACUGGGAGGGUAUGAGGUUACUGUGCUAGGCAAGGGGUUCAAGAGGGGCGUGGAAGUCAUGUUUGGCGGUAAGCCGGCGACGACGACGACAUUCUGGGGCCCUGAAUCUCUUGUGUGUCUAGUGCCACCGGCCGAAUCUCUUGGUGCCGUGAGGAUCACUUUCAAGGAUGCUCAACUAGAAUUGCAGGGACACCCCGUGUGGUUUACGUACAAGGACGAUUGUGAUCAGCAAGCUGUCAACCUCGCCCUUGCUAUCCUCAACAGUAAGAUGAAUGGAGGGUCUGGUGGUCUCUACGGAUUUGCGCAGCAGAUCAUCGGAAGGCAUCAGGAAUCGCAGGACAGCUUUGGGGCUGGAGGCGGGAUGACUGGAGGGGAUGGAUCAUACACUGGCCGACCAACUGGGGCAAACCUCGAUGGUCAGCUCCUAAACGUUUUGGAGAUGAUUGAUCUCGAUGACAGCCCACACUCGGCUCGGUUCAACUUGAGGACGAGGGCGACGGGUCAAACUGCCUUGCAUGUCGCGUGCUAUCUUGGCCUUCAUCGCUUUGUCGCUGGUCUUUUGGCUCGCGGAGCAAAUCCCGACGUGCGAGAUAAGGCCGGAUACACAGCGUUGCACAUGGCGUCUCUCAAGAACCGGCCAGACAUUAUCCGCCUUCUGACUUCGCACGGCGCGGAUUCCACACUGCGGACACUGUCGGGUCUGACUGCUGCGGAUGUGGCCAAGUCACCAGCCGCCAUUCGAGCCAUCAACCGCUUUGAAUCACACACGCGCUCCCGCAGCGGCGUCUCUCUCCAUAGCAGGGUCAACAGUGCACUCAAUCUCGCAAAGGCACUGCCCGCACCCGAAAGCAAGGAUGCAGAGAGUGAUAACAGUCUCAAGGUGGAGGCCGAUGACGGCGAGGAAAGUCCAGAGUAUUCGACAUUUGCGACCACGGAAGAGAGCGACGCGGCUUCUGGGAAUGCUGACGAAGAAGACGAGUGGCUCGAUAUGCGCGGAAACAACAGUAUCACACCAGCUCCACCGGCAGAUGAUGCACCCCGUCGGCAGCGCCGUGGCACUGAUGGUCUGGGUGGGCUUGCUUUGCCGACAGCCGCCAUGACUGCGUUUAGGGACCACAUGACUACUCAGUUCCAGCAACUGCAGCAGGCUAUGCAACUCAACAUCCUGCAGAACCUACCAAUGCCGUACAUCCCUCAGAUGCCAGAUUACCAGGCCGCUGUGAUGCAACGGUUAGCCUCGAUGGUUCCCAACCUAGGCGGCCCUCGUCCAGACUCAAACGUGGAGGAUGUUUCCUCUAUCAAGGAGCUGUGGCACGCUCUCUCGUCGAUGGCCACCAGUGCUCAACCCGCGCCAAUCCAGGCACCACCAGCGUACAGCGAAAUCUUCCAGCAAGAUACUUAUGACAAGAAGCAAUCGUCUGCAGUUCAAGCUGCCGCCGAGGCCGAGGCAGAUGUCAAGUGUGCCGCCCUGUACGACGAGGCUGGGCCCUCUACUCAAGAGGCCCUGACUGUCACGGCCCCAGUUGUGGAGGCGGAGGAACAGUUCUCGGAUGAAGAUGCCGCUUUCAUCGAGAUUGGGCCCAAGAAUGCCAUCACUGAGGCUCAGCGGGAAAGGAUCUUGAGGGCGCGCGCCGAAAGGAUGAAGAGGCUGAGUGGGGAUCGGAAUCUGUUCUUCAUUUGGAUUCCUCUUCUCGUCCUCAUGAUGGGUGCCAUGUUCUACAGCAGCUUACCGUACUGGGGCUCCACCAUCAGGGAGGUCAUUACCAAUGUGCGUGUACCUCAGGGUGCUGUUCUUGGCCAGCUGGUAUAACGUGAUGGACGUUUUUGCUGUUGUAAGAGAGUUGUAAGAGACAACUCAGCUAUGGGGUUAGCUGUGUGGGGGCCAGGAGAGGCUGGUUGGAAUUGUGUUUUUGGUCGGACUCGAAAGAAGCAUGGCGUUUGGGCGUCUGACAAGAGCGUGGAAUUAUAGUGCGGGUAUAUCAUAAUCUUGUUAGUCAUGGAUUAUGUCUUUGGAGGUCGGCUUAUGGUUGGGGAGCAAAACCCAAAGUGUUUUUCCGUUUCUGCUUUUGAGCGAUGGUUUACAGUGGUGUGGGUGUGGGGUGGGAACGGUGGUCCUAUAUAAAGGGGGCUUUGUGUUUUAUCUUUUUGGGGUUAUGUCAUGAAUCGGUGACGAUGAUGGGAGCGGCGGCGGCGGUGGUGGUGGUGGUAUACUUUGUUUUUGAUACAUUUGUUCUGAAGAAGGGAUCACAGCGUUUAUUUCUUUGUAUGUAUAUAUUUCGGAGGGCUUGUUUCUGGUCAAGACGAUGUGUGUCGGCUGGGCUGGGGAUGUAAAUGUGGAAUGCGGUUCCUGCCUGUUUACAAGGGCGGUUGGUUGAAUGGAUGUGUGGUUUCUUUGUGCUGCCCGUCGGUUCUCAAUGAUGAAUGUGUGAUGUGAAUCCGUUAUGGACAGGGUAGGACACUUGUGUAGACCUUGUAGGCGAAACGGCAGAGAUUCUGAGAUGGGGUGCGGGCUUUCAAGUUCAUCUACAUGGA